AUGGAGACACUCCUUCGUCUCAACCUGGUCUCUGACAAAGUGGGCAAAUUUGCACCGCCACCGCCUACAUCCCACCCUAUCCAGGGGUUUCCGCCACCUCCUCCAGAGGUGAGCGCUGUUCCUCCCCUCGACUCUGAGGAUACAUCAAUGAGUGGAGAGUCGAGUUUCGUGGAACAGGCUGAAGCUGUUCCACCUGCAACCUUGACAACAAGGUGCUUCCCUGCAGCUCAGUGCCAGCAUAUGGCAGCAGCUGAGGAUGAUGGAGCCGGGCCUUCGACAAAUCCGCAGGCUAAUAUGCCCGGACCUAGCACCAUGGCCCGAAAGGGCAAACAAAAAAGGCCUAACCGCCUUUGUCUGAUAACAUUAGCAUCGACUUUGUCAUUGUUAAUGAUCAAAAUCAUGAAGGCCUAA